AUGGAAGUACGUCUUUCGUGUCGUGCAAAACUUCUGUACCUCUUCUACAGUCAGACUGCAAUUGAGAGCCAAACCUCCACUGCGGGACACAGCUGUGUGGCACGCUUAUGUUUCAAAGGAUCCUUUCACAGAACGAAUCUGAUCCAUUGA